GUCAUGACUUCACUACAGUAGGAUUCGUAAUAAUCGCCUCCGGUACAGUAGAUGGCGGCAUGCACCUUUUUAAACGUUGAUUUGUAGUCUUUCAGUAAAACCAAAGAAGAAGAAGCACCCGCGUUGUUUGUAACCAACGAUGCUCAAUAACGUUCAGCCAGCGGUUACUGUGACGACUGUAACUUCGUUGGCGAAGUGUCUGACACCGAUAAAUAUUAAAUAUUAUAUGGUAAAUUAGCUGUAGUAAGAUAAGUCUACUCUUACAUUCACUCAGACACCAUUAAUUUAUCUGCAUAAGCUUAAACGCGUAUAGAAAAGUUAUGCUAAUAAUGGCAGGAAGAAGUUAGUUAGCCAUCAAGCUAACAUGAGAAACGUUGGUGACAGCUAUCUGACGGGUAACUAGUUGACUUAACUGUCCAUAAUGGAGGAUAACUCGUCUUGUUCUUCGGUGGUCACUGGUCUUUCUCAAGUGUCUUUCCUCCAGAGGACGUUGGAGCGGCUAUCCUCCACGCAGUGUCUGAAAGUAAACACUGAGGAGGCGGCUACUGUCGCUGUCAUCGCACUUCAACGGUACUUAUCUGAGCAAACCCAGGGGCAGCAGCCCGACAGCUACAGCUACGACGUGACGGUCACUGACGGAGUGUGGCGAGCCAAAUGCUAUGUUCACCCUGGUUUAAAUCACCUGGUGCACACAAACAUACUGAGGACUGGGACUGAUAUCAGCAUCACGCAGUGCUCUUUUGUUUACAACGAGAGGAGACUGAGACACGGUUACAUCUGCAUUGAAAAGCUCAGAUGUGGCGUAGAGAGGUCUGCUCUCCUACCCGCCAUAAAUGAUGUUAAUUCACUGCCCAUGCUAGUCAAGCAUGGCAUGGAGAGGAGUGUGGAGCUGCAAAGUAAUGUUCCCCUCCAGGUGAGCCGCAAACAUUACCUGUCUUUGUGGCACAACGAAGACCCAGAGGGAGACAUCUGGACCUCAGGGUCUCACUCAUCUGACACAGUGCUGGACGUGUCCAAGAUUACUCUUCUUAGUAGUCUGGAGUCAUGCUUUAGAAACACAUGGAAACCUCUCCCUCUCCUAGUGAAGAUAAUACACAAAUCCAGAUUACGAUAUUAUGGCAAGUUUGGGCUCAAGAUUGAUUAUCCGUACCAGGCAUACUUUGAAGUCGCUGACCAGAGUGGGACGAUGUCCCUUGUACUUUGGAACGAACUUUGUCCAGAGUUUUACCAGCGACUGAGCGUAGGCACAGUGUUGUACAUCCAAAAUUACACCUUAAAGCAGAGUUAUUCAAACCGGUCACACCCACAAAUGGACCAUCACAGAAUGAAGACCUUUAACUCUGUAGAAAUCUGCCUGAACCCUCGCAACCCUACUUCAAUCAUCACUGUGCUCUCACCAAAGAGUGUACUGCCUCAGUGGGGAUUGCCUGAGGUUUCUUACCAGUUCAUCACCAGGUCAGAGUUGGACAAAUUAUCCAACAAUUCUGGAUGUGAUGUCAUUGGUUUGGUGACAUUUGUUGGGCGUGUUGAAAGAGUGAAGAGUAAAGGGAACAAGGGCCCAGAAAAAUUCUGGACGCAUCGCUGGAUCCACGCGGUGGAUGGAACAUCGGACCGCCCUUUUAUCCUGGAGGUCUUUUCCUCUUCCCAACCAGAAGUCUUCAGUCAUAUAUGUCCAAUGACCUACCUGGUGUGCACUCAGAUGAGAGUUUGUCAAGUGGAAGGUUCGUUGCCCUACCUCACAAGCAGCUGCGAGACUGAGACGUUCAUCACAGGCUACCACAAAGGUCAGCCAUAUGUGAGUGACCCCAGAGUAAAGAGCUUCAUCCAGUGGACCAAAACUCUGAAGGACAACGUUGUCCUCCAGAAGACUGCUGUUGGUGGUCAUUAUUGCUACCCUCGUCCCCCUCUGAAAUUUACCCAGUCGAUGGCAGAUUCCUCAGCUCACGUUCCUCUUGUUGCUGCGGCGGACUUGAAGAAGGAGUUAGAGACCCUCCAAUAUAGGGAACAUAAAAAAGUUGCAAUUCAAGGACAGAUCGCAUCAGUGCGGUACAUGAAAAACCCAAAGACCACAGAGUCUGGAGGAACAGAUGAGAAAGAGGUGCCAGAUGUUUCUACUGAUGUGUGUGAACAAGCUGAACCAGAUGCACACAAUCAUCCCUCAACAGCUGAGCAGAUUUUGGUGGCCAGUUUAACUGCUGAGACAACUUCGGCAAGAGGAAGAAAAAGAAAAAUUCUAACAAGAAAAGCCAAGCAGUCCUCCUUGAAUCGUUGUAGCGUGUCAGUAAAAAGGAGACUUAAAGAUACAGAGGAAGGACAACAGCAGGAAGAAGAAGAGAGCGACUCUGGAUCCGAGGACGCUCAGGAUGUGGAAUGCGGACGACAACUGCAAAAUCAAAACUCUGAUAUAAUAUCUUGGGAAAGCAGCAGUUGGCCGAAGCAGCGACAAGAAAUGUCUGAACAUCUGUGUCAAGGCGGUCUGUACCGGGACAGCGUGUCUCGGAGGUUCACGUUUGACCAAAAGAACGUCCUCCUGCAGCGGAGUAACCUUCAGCCAACGCGGUGGACACCAGAGCUGAGCUCCGACACCAUCCCUCCUGUGGUUUUCCCAGGAUACUACCAAGUAACAAUAUUAGGCAUAAACAAGCAGAUAGCCGUGGAUGCUGCAUAUUUUCCCGUUGUGAGCUCAGAUGAGCCCAGGGCUGUCGGUCUUCCUCAGGAUCCCCAUGGCAACACGAUGCUGUCCUGCCUCUCAUCAGGCUUCCUCUCUCCGCUCAGCGACACCGCCAACCACAGCGAAUCAACACUUCCUCAACCAGAGGAGGUCUUGGGGACUGCCAGUGAGCUGGAGGACACACACGUUGUGUGCAUCUUAGACCUUUGCCAUCUGGGUGGAGACGAGGUGGAAGUCCUGAUCAACAAGGUGUACAGAGUGACAGAGGUUUCUCUCGACUAAGAGGUAUAGGUGUUCAGCUCUGUGAGAAUAUCUUGUAAUUAUUAUUAUCAGCAUACAUUAAUCAUGUCAUUAGAAAGCAAAUGUAUUAAUACCAAACCUCAAUUCGAUACUUGUAGUUUCUCUGAUUACCAGUUACACAUGUACAGUAGAUGUCACAUAAUUCUUUCAAUAAUGGUUUUGUAAAGAGAAAAAUGUUUGUGCGACCAAUUAAAAUGCUGAAAUGCA